AUUGAUAAUUACUCUCUUAUAUCGAAUUCGAAUUCCAGACCGUGAACUGCAAAACAAAAACUAAACCCUUUCCCAUUCCCUUUUCCCGUCGUUUAAUCUACGGCCAACUUUUCCGGCGACAUUCUAUCGCGCCGCCGGCACGAUGUUCACGCCGCAAAGGAAGGCGUUUCCAACGCCGCACCGAGUCGGGGCCGGGAAGACUUCCGGCCUCACUCCCUCCGCGAAGGGUAAAGCCGUCGCCGUCUCCACUGAAGCGCUGCCUCCGCCGCCGCUGGGUUCUCUGAGCGAAGCCUCUGGCGAGGUGGCGAUGGGCUUCGACGCAGGGAACUUGGAUGACUGGAUGAAGUUUAGGGAGGCUGGGUUACUGGAUGAGGCGGAAAUGCAGAGGAAGGACCAAGAAGCACUCUAUGAGAAGGUCUCGAGGCUCGAAAGAGAGCUCUUUGACUACCAAUACAACAUGGGCCUCCUCUUGAUUGAGAAGAAAGAAUGGAGUUCAAAGUUUGAUGAACUGAGGCAAGCACUAGAUGAAACUGAGGAAAUUCUAAAACGAGAACGGUCUGCACAUUUAAUAGCAUACUCUGAAGCUGAGAAGCGAGCGGAAAAUUUGAGGAUAGCAUUGAGCACAGAAAAGCAGUGUGGAGAAGAUCUUGAGAGAGCUUUGCGUGAAAUGCAAAAAGCACAUGCCCAAGUCCAGUCUUCCUCCCAUUCAAAGCUAGCUGAAGCAAAUGCAUUGGUGGAUGGAAUUGAAGAGAAGUCUUCAGUGGUUAACAAGAACUUGCAUGAUGCAGAAGCUAAGCUUGCUGAGGUGAACAGAAAAAACUCAGAGCUUGAUAUGAAAUUGCGAGAGUUGGAAGUUCGUGAAAGUUUGCUUCAAAAGGAGCGCCUGUCUUUAGCUACUGAUAGAGAAUCAUUUGAGGCCACUUUCUACAAACAAAGGGAAGAUUUGAAGGAGUGGGAGAGGAAGCUACGGCAAAGAGAGGAUAUUGUAUGUGAUGGUAGACAAAAUUUUGUUGGGAGAGAAAUGAAGGCAAUUGAAACUGAGAAGAACUUGAAGCAGAAAGAGAGAGACCUAGAAGUGCUGGAGAAGAAAAUUGAUUCAUCUAAUUCUUUGUUAAAAGUAAAGGAAGCUGAGAUAAGUAAAAGGGUAGCCGAUUUAGAUGUGCAAGAGAAGGAAGUGAAUUCUUUAAAGAGCACGCUGGAGAUGAAAGAGAAAGCAUUACUUGCAAUGGAAUUGAAACUUAGUGCUAGGGAAAGAGAGGGGAUCCAGAAACUCCUUGCUGAGCAAAAGGAUAAUCUGGAUUUAAAGUUGCAGGAGUUUGAUCUUGAAAUGGAACAAAAGCGGAAAUCCCUUAUUGAAGAGUUUAGUAGCAAAGAGGAAGCCUUGGAGCAGAGGGAAGUUGAAGUCAACCAUAGAGAAAAUAAGGUCGGAAAAGAAGAGCAGGCUUUGAGUAAGAAGGCUGAGAGAAUAAAGGAGCAAAAUAAGGAACUUGAAGCAAGGUUGACAUCUUUGAAGGAGAAAGAGAAGACUAUCAAAAUCAAAGAAAAAGAGCUGGAGAAGGAAAAACAACAAUUGCUUGCUGAUCGGGAGAGUCUGGAGAAUUUAAAUGUUGAACUUGGGAAGAUAAAAGCUGAGAUUUCUCAGCAGGAGCUGCAAAUAUGUCAAGAGACAGAGAAUUUGAAGCUUACUGAAGAAGAGAGGUCAGAGCAUUCUCGUCUGCAAUUGGAACUACAACAGGAGAUAGAGCAUACAAGAUUGCAGAAGGAUUUUCUUAUGAAGGAAGCUGAAAACUUGAGGGAGGAGAGACAGAGGUUUGAAAAAGAAUGGGAUGCACUGGAUGAGAAAAAAGCUGAAGUUAGUAAAGAACACAAUGAAGUUAAUGAGGAGAAAGAAAGAUUGGGAAAACUGCAGAACAGUGAAGAAGAAAGGUUGAAAAGAGAGAAACAAGAUAUUCAAGAUCAUAUAAAGAAAGAGCUUGAGAAGCUUGAACUGGAGAAGGAAUCAUUUAGAGAUUCAAUGAAGCAAGAAGAACUUCUUUUAUCAGAAAAGGUGAAAAAUGAAAAGGCACAAAUGCUUGAAAAUAUUGAAAGAAAGACAAGGAAUCUCAAGAAUGAAAUCCAGAAGAGGCAAGAGGAAAUGGAGAAAGACCUGCAGGAAAGAGAGAAAAAAUUUCAGGAGGAGAUGGAAAGAGAGAUUAAUAAUAUUAAUGUCUUGAAGGGUGAUGCUGAGAAGGAAUGGGAAGAAGUGAAGUCUGAGGGGAUCAGGUUAGAGAAUGAGAGAAAGGAACUUGAGUCUAACAAGCAGCAGCUGAAAUCAGGCCAACGUGAGAUACAUGAAGAUUCAAAAAUGCUUAUGAAUCUCAGCCGGAAGGUUAAGAAGGAACGUGAAUGCCUUAUGGCUGAAAGAAACAAUUUUCUGGCACUUGUUGAGAAGCUAAGGAGUUGCAAUGCCUGUGGAGAAGUUAUUGGGGACUUUGUUAUAUCUGAUAUUCAGUUACCUGACUGUAAGGAAAGAUGUGUUAUGCCCUUACCUACUUCCCCUGUUCUGAAUGAUAGGCCUCUUAAGAACACAGAGGACAACGUUGGUGCUUCUGACUAUUCUGGAUCUGUGAGACCUGUGUCUUGGAUCCGCAAAUGCACAUCCAAGAUUUUUAAAUCCCCAAGCAAAAGAACAGAUGCUGUUAGUGCUUCAGACAUGGCUGGGACAUCGCCACUGCCAGAUCUGAAUGCUAAUACAGAAGGAGCUAGAGUUAUUCUUCAAGAACGACAACUAACAAGGGAAAUGGUUCAUCUCUCUUCAGAGACACCACUCGUCCAAUCCGAUAACAUCGUUAGAGAGGUGGAUAAUGAGUCCCAAUCCAUAGAUCACAGCUAUGUGGAUAGUUUGGUAGAUGGAGGUCCAGAUGAUUCUCAGCAGUCAGUUCCAAAGCUUGGUCGGCGCAGAGCUGGGAGGAAAAGCAAAUCUGGAAUUGUUAGAACACGCUCAGUAAAGGCUGUUGUUAAAGAGGCCAAUGAGUUCCUAGGAAAAGCUUCAGGGGAAAUUGAAAAUGCAAGUCUGCAAUCUCUCGAUGCUGAUCAUGUCAAAGACAGUCAGGAAGACUCCAGUCACACUGAGAAAGCCAUUGGUAACACUGGAAGGAAGCGGCAGAGGGCUCAAACUUCGAGGAUAGCAGAAAGUGAGCAGAAUGCAGGUGAUAGUGAUGGACAAUCAGAUAGUAUUACAACUGUUGGCCGCAGGAAGAAGAGGCAAACGGUUGCUCAACCUGCACAUGUUACCGGAGAGAAGCGAUACAAUCUUAGGCGGCACAAGACUACAGGUGAGGUUUCAUCAACAAAGGCCGCAUCCAAGGGAGGAAAGAGCGUGGGGAAAGAAUCUAUUGGUGGUAAACCGAAGGUGGAUAAUCAAAGUCGUGAAGUGGUCAUAGAAACUUCAUCUGGAGUAGCUGAUGACAAUGUCCAAGGCACAUCUCUGCUGCAGGUCUCGACAGCGAAGACUGUGGAGUUCUCUGAUGAUAGAGUUGUUAGGUUUCAAUUGCCAAGAGACGUUAUUGGUGAUGAUGGUGCUGAAACCACCUCUGUGGAUCCAGUGGAAGAAAAUGCCAGGGCGGAACAUGGAGAUGAAGAUGGAAGCAGAUUCCAUGAGAUUGAAAAUGAUAAUGAGGGGGAAGAGGAGGUGGAAGCGGAAGAGGGCGAGGAAGAUGAAGAGGAAGAGGAUGAUGAAGAUGAGGAUCCUGGUGAGGUGUCUAUUGGCAAGAAGAUUUAUAAAUUUUUUACAACAUAAUGGAAGUAGUUAAUUUUCUCUUUUGAUAUCACAAUAGAUAUCAAAGUCCUAUUCCUUUUAAUAGGAGAUUAGGUGUGCAAUAUUUGUUUGGCAGUUAUUAUGGCUGAUAAGAAACAUUAUAAUCUUGCAAAUUAAAUUGUACCAGCACGGGUGAUUUGUUUCCUAAAGAUGAACUAAUAUUGAUCUCUGUUGAAA